AUGGCGACGUUGACGAAGAUCGGCGACCAACUGAAGGACCUUACCGAAGGCUGGUCCAAGUGGGACAUUGCUCUCUAUGUCGGGGCACCCCUAGCACUGGGAGUUGCAGGGUUCUGGUACUACAAGCGUGGUGCUGCUGGUUCCAAGAAGGUAGAAGAUGUGGGCGGAGAAGGGCUCGAGAAUAAACUUAAAGAUGUGAAAACGACUUCUGCUUCGAAGACCCAACAACAAACGCAGAAACAGCCUCAGAGUCGUCAAGAUCUGGCUCAGGCAGCCAAAAACAAGGGGAACAAAUUUUUUAAGGAAGGUAAAUAUGAGGAUGCAAUUAUCUGCUACACCGAGGCCAUUAAGACUUGCCCGCCAGACAUCAAGACAGACAUGUCCACAUUCUAUCAGAACCGGGCAGCAGCCUAUGAAAAUCAGAAAAACUAUAAGAAUGUGAUAGAAGACUGCACCGCAGCUCUGCAGCUCAACCCAAGGUAUUCCAAGGCUCUGGCCAGGCGGUCAAAAGCCUAUGAAGUGUUAGAAAAAUACAGAGAAGCUUUAGAGGACAUCACUAAAGCUUGUCUAAUAGAAGGCUUCCAGAACCAGUCAUAUCUGCAAGCUGCUGACAGAGUCUUGAAAACUUUAGGCAAAUCUAGAGCUGUAGCAGAGUAUAAGAACAAGAAGCCCAUUCAGCCAUCAAAGUUCUAUGUGGAGAAUUACUUGGCUGGCUUUGUCAAUGACCCUGUGGCCUGCAAGUUCAAAAGUGAUGACCUGAAGGAGUUGGGGGUUAAGAUGAAACAAGAGGCUGAUCUUAUUGGAGAUAACGGGGCUGUUUUAUUGGAGAAACCCAGUGCAUUUGAGCAGGCUAAAAACUGUCUACUGACUCAGGACUAUGAGCAGAUCCUUGACCUGUGUGAGGAGGAGCUUGCCGAUGAAGCUGUUUCUAGCAGAGUUCCAGAGACCUUGUUGUUGCGUGGGACGAUGAGGCUGCUCCAGGGCAUGGGAGACCAGGCCCUCGAGGAUCUCAGCCGUGUGGCAGGCAUGGAAGGAGUGGAUAAAACUCUACAGGCAACAGCAUUGAUCCGUGAGGGUUGUCUACGAAUGCAGAAAGAGACCCAGGAGGAUUCUUUGUCAUCGUUUGUCAAGGCUGAAGCAUUGGAUCCAGAGAAUUCUGAUGUGUUCCAUCAUCAUGGGCAGCAACUGCUUCAACUGGAGAAACUUGAUGAAGCCAUCUCCAAGUUUGACCGCAGCAUCAAGCUGUCCCCAGACUUCCCAACAUCUUACGUACAGAAGUAUUAUGCAGUUCACAGGAAAGCCAUCAUGAAAGAGGACCUGAAACUUCUAACGGAGGCCAAGGCAGGCUUUGAACAGACCAUCACCAAGUUUCCUAACUGUAGUGAUGCCUUAAUACUAGCUGAUUGGGCAUUGUUUUUCUUGAUUGACUUAUUCUCUCUCUUGCAGGCAUUGAGUGACCAGGGCUUAUUUGAAGAAGCAGAGAAUUUUUUCAAGAAAGCUCAGGAUGUUCAACCAAGAAAUGCCAACAAUAUUGUUCAUAGAGGGUUGAUGUUGCUGCAGUGGAAGGGUAAUGUGGAGAAGACGCUGGAGCUGCUGGAGGAGGCCCUAAAGAUUGACCCCACUUGCCAGUAUGCGUACGAGAUCCGAGGAACCAUCGAAGUUCAGAGGGGUAACCUCUCUGAAGCUGUAAAUAACUUCAAGAAGGCCAUAGCUUUGUCCAACUCAGAAAGUGAGAUGGCACAUUUGUUUUCUCUCAUGGAAGCUGCAGAAGUGCAGGUGAAAGUAGCAAAAGAUUUGAACAUUCAGCUGCCAUCUGGCAUGAUGUGA